UGAUUUAUUGAUUCGCGCAUCAGCCUCCCGGCCGGCAGUCGGCGGACGCUGCAGUUUAAUUGCAAGUCCGUGGCGCUAGUCGUAGCACGUGUGCACCCGUGGGAGCGCCACCGCUUGCACCCCCCGCGCCCCGCCGACUCACCCGCUCCGCAGAGCGCGCGCUCAGUGACGGCCCAGGUGUCGUCAACACCACAUCUUUCUUCUGCAACUGGUUGAAGUUUGUGCUGUCAAGAUACGGCGAUCACACGGAUUUUUGGACUACACCAAGAUGUCUAAAGAAAAGACGAAUUCCCGCAUUAAAGACGAAAUGCAAGAAAUGGAGGAGACGUUUAAGGCGUCCGUGGUAGUGGAAGACGAGCCGUGGCAAGAGACCGCGUGCUUGCCGCCGCCGCCGCCGGCGCCGGGCGCGGACGAGGCCAGCGCGGGCGCCGGCGCGCCGGGCUGGCGCGGGCAGGUGCCGAUCAUCACCGAGCACCUCGUAACCGACGACGAGCCCUCGGACGAGUCCCUCCUGUGCAUCGAGGAGCCGGUGGUGCUCGUGGCGGAGCCCUACAAGAACCCGGACGACACGGACGCGGAGUGCACCGAGGACCUGGACGAGGGCAUCGAGGAGCCGGACGAGGUGGGCGAGGAGGCGCGCGAGGACUCCCCGCCGCCGCCGGGGGGCGCGGGGGACGCGGGGGGCGCCGCGGCCCUGCCGGACCUGCCGUGGGGGGGCGAGGCGGCUCCGGCGACGAAGGUGGACUCGUGGGUGGCCGAGCUGGUGCCGACGCCGGGAGCCAUCGGCGGCGCCAUCCCGCGCCCGCGCCCGCGCCCGCCGUCGCCGCCGCCGUCGCCGCCCGCGCGCCCCGCCCGCCCCGCGCCGCCCGCCCCCACCGGCCUCCACGACGACGAGCUGGACGCCGAGCGAGCGCGCAUCAUUACCGAGAUAACACCAUCAAUUCCCGACUGUAUACCACUCCAUGGGGUUCCGAGCCGGACGACAACAACCUACUCACAAUCGCUGGGCAGCAAAGUGCCGAAGAAAAACGCCAACUUUUCUCAAACUGAAUAGGAGGUUAUUUUACUACUAAGCCGUUUUUUGAGCAGGAAUGUCAACUGAAUGUACAUUUAAAAUAUCUGCACUUUGAAUCAACUCCAUUUUCAAUCAUUUAUCUUAUAAUUUCCAUACACGUGACUACGAAUAUCUUGCCUUUCGGAUUUUAUUAAAAUAUUAUAAUAAUUUUGGCACUUUUGACCAAAUAGAAAAUAAUUUUGUACUUAUACCUACUUUUCUCAAAACUUUUGAGCUAUUAUUUGCAAUAUGUCUAUUUUGUACACUGGUUACUAAUAAUAGUUUUUGAGAUGAUAUAUUUAAAAUAGUAACGGAAAGUGUGCUCAAAGCACAAUACUUUAUAUAGAACUAUUUACAUAAGCUAUUAAUUAAGAACACUGUUCUGAAUAACAAAAUGUAUUUACUCAUUUUAGAAAAAAAAUAUGUUUUGACCCUUUUUAUAUCUCCUAUGCAUACUUACCAAAAAUCCCUCGAAUAUAGUUUUUUUUACUUAUUAGUCUUGAGCUUCAUUAUACAAUUAAGAUUGUCAAUUAUUAUUCCGUCUGAAUUAGACAUACAUAUGUACUUAUAUAUAUAUUUCAACAGACUAUAAAAUACUAUAAUUUUUUACUACACGUAUACUUACCACUUAUUUUGUUUUGUCUAAUUGAAACCUCUAACAAGAAAUCGAAUUCGUAUUCUAUGUAAAAAGCUGUAAAAGUCUAUACUAUAAUGACAAUGACAUAAUUGGCUUCUUAUCAUAUAGCUACGUUAACUAAGUGUACCACUUAAAGUCUCUAAUUUUGUUGCAUUAUGUAAAUCAGGCAUAGAUAAUAAGUUCUGUUGAAAAUGUUCAGUUCGCUUUUAAAGUGCUGUCAUAUUAUGCACUAAUUGGUUGUGCAGGCUUUAGAGACGUGGUUUCAUACUAUGGUAAAUAUAAAUUGUGAUGCCCUAAACAGGGAAAUAGAUUAAGACUCUCAUUUCGAUUAAGAACAGGUUAGUUUUGGUGCGUUCUAAAAAUUGACCAAUCCUAAUCCGCCCAUGGGCCUGAUCCCUACCGUUUUGAUAACCCUAUCCUAAGUCCACCCUCGCUUUCAUUAUUGAUGUCACAAAAAUCUCACCCAUAUAAAAUCCACACAUACAUUUUGCAGUUAGAUAUAAUUUAUACUUAUAUAAAAUAUACUACGUAGCUUAGAAACUUUACAGACCAGCCGUGUAUGUCUAUGUUACAUAUACCUACUUAAUAUUGAAAAAAUGUUAAUGUGUAUUUCAAAAAUAAAAAUCUCGAUGUUGUUAAUAAAAGUAACAUGUAUGACCUUAU